GUCCUGACAUGCUGUAAAUGCUGUAAAUACUGGAAUUCGGUUUCCCUCGCGUUCUCUUCUUGUGUUGGCUUCAGAAUCACCUUCAUUUGGGAAUUGCGUAUUGAAUCUAUCGAAUCGUAUAUUUCGACGCAGUGCUCCUCUCUAACGAUUCUUCGCGCGUUCGGAGUACACGGUGGAAAUGACCAGUCGCUCCUUUCCCUUCGCCAGUAUUCUGCAGUAUAUUGUGCUGGUCAUAAUCGGAUACAUUCUCGCGGGUGCACCUCUCCUUUCCUUCGUCAUAGGGCCCACACCCGACAACCAAAAAGCAAGAGCUGGCACUGGGCGGCCGUCACCCCUAAGCCUCGACAAGGCCGCAGGCCUGGUCAUUCCUGAGAGGAAUCUGAGCUGCACGGAGCAUAUGUACAAGGGUCUCCAUGUGUUGAGUCGUGAUCCAUUGGUCGUAUAUGUGGAAGGAUUCCUGCGUGAGGAUGAGGUGCAGCACGUUGUGGACGUCAGUCAAAUGCACUUCAGUCCGUCCACAGUCUGGAGCUCUGGCCACGAGCGCCUUGAUCCUACCGUCCGCCUCUCGGAAAAAGCACCCGUCCCGCGCUCGCCGGCUGUCCGUUGUAUCGAGGAACGUGCGCGUGCCUUCCAGGGCUGGCGACCGUACGUGUUUGUCGAGAAGCUGUGGGCGCAAAAAUACGGACCCGGCGGACACUACGCCUACCACUACGACUGGAGCAACGCGUUACGCGGUGCAGGACGGGUUAGCAGUUUCAUGGUUUGGCUAGGAGACCAGUGUGAAGGUGGGGGGACAAGAUUCCCGAGGUUGGAGAGACCGAAAGAUGAAGCGUGGUGCCGGUUCAUAGAUUGUGAAGGAGACGCUAGUGAGGAUAAAGGAGAUGCUGACGAGGAUGAGAUGGGCAUGGGAGUAACCUUCAAACCGAUUAGGGGCAACGCAGUGUAUUGGGAGAACAUGAGGACCGAUGGGACUGGUUAUGAGGAGAGUUGGCACGCGGGGCUUCCUGUAACGAGUGGAACGAAGCUUGGGCUUAACAUUUGGAGCUGGCUCCAGGAGGGGUACCAGCCUCUUCCCCCAGAAGGCGCUGUCUAAAGAACGCAAGCUCUGGACGCAACGGUUUGAGAACAUUAUCCGCUACCUUUUCACUCAGCUUCUAAAUUGUCUUCAUCAACCUCGUUCAACUGCGCGUAUCGUUUGAUGAACAAUUCGAAGAUGGUCGGGAAGCUAUGCCAGUACUCCCCCGCAGUCGCCACGUUGGUUGCAAAGUUCCAUUCUGCCAUGUGCUUCAUCUGCAUCACGGUCCACGUGACAAGCUCGUCGGGGAUACUUCCAAUAGAGUGGAGCAUGAUCGAGAACGCAGAUGUGGGCAGAUUGGUGGCGGUGUGGAAGUUCUUCAGUGCGUUGAAUUUGGUUGCCUCGAUAAAAUUAGCGAACGUGUCUUCAAAGAUGACGGUCGUAUUGGCAAGGUCAAGGUAAUUCCACACGGGGUCGGGUAGCGUCCCCGGAUUAUGUACUGUAGCUCGUCAACAAUAAUAUCC